CAGAUCCUCCUUGGUGUGGCUAAGCUGCUCUUUCUCUGCUUUGCGCUGCUGUAUUCUCUUGGGGUUCUGAAAUCAGUCAUGGCUUCUAAGGUCCUGCCAUUUUACCAGCGGAAACACAAGCAUUUUGGACAGGAUUACCGGAGCUCCCAGUCUAAAUAUGUAGUCCAGGAAUACUCUACUUCUUCAGCCAGGGCAGGACAGGUGCUAGAUGAGGAGGAAGUGUCUGACUACAAGUACCAGGUGGACAGGAGGGUCCAUCAAGUGGUGGAGAAGAAGAUGGCGUCCACGGAGAAGUACAUCCGCGAGGAGUCGAUGAUCCGUGGUCCGAAGUUUGUGGCAAGGCUGCGGUCCCACACCGUGUGGGAGAACACGCCAGUUAGGCUGUACUGCAUGGUGAUUGGGUACCCCACCCCCAGUCUGAGAUGGUUCAAGGAUGGGAUCCUCAUCAACACUGCGGGAAUGCCGGGAAAGUACAAGGUGGAUGGUGGCUACGGCAUGCACAGCCUGGAGAUCUUCAGCUGUAACCCUGAGGACACGGCCCAGUAUACUGCUGUGGCAACCAACACGCAUGGCCAAGCCUCAUCUCAGGCCUCUUUGAUUGUCAAAAGGUUCAGGGCAGAAGAUGAGUUGUGUGCCUACGCCUGGCUUCCCUACCAGUUCUCCAUGCUGCCAGAGAUCCAGUACACCCAGAUUGACAUCACCUUCCUGGAGACAUUUGACGUGAAGUUCAAGACCGAGGGGGAGAGCCUGUCUCUCUCCUGCAAGAUGAUUAUCAGCCCGAACCUGGCUAACCUGCAGCCCGAAGCUUUGUGGUUCAGAGACGAUCAGCUCCUGAAGGAGUCUAAGUGGGCAAAAAUGGAGGCGGGGGGCGGCGUGGCCAGGCUGACCCUGCCCCAGCUCUACAAGGAUGAUGAGGGCCUGUACACCUUACGCAUGGUGACCAAAGGGGGCACUUCUGAGCACAGUGCCUACGUCUUUGUGGAAGAUGCGGCCCCUCCAGUACCCAAGGCUCCCGGUGCCCCAAUGGACAUAAAGAUCCAUGACGCCAACAGGGACUACGUCAUUGUGUCCUGGAAGCCCCCCAACACUACCACCGAGGGCCCCAUUAUCGGAUACUUUGUGGACAGAUGUGAAGUCGGAAUGGAAAACUGGAUCCAGUGCAAUGACUCGCCUGUUAAGAUAUGUAAAUACCCAGUGCCAGGUCUCUUUGAGGGCCACUCAUACCAGUUCCGGGUGCGGGCCGUCAACUCCCACGGCAUCAGCCGACCCUCCAAGAUGUCUGAUCCAGUUGCUGCUCUCGACCCAACCGAAUUCGAAAGACUUCAAGCUAUGAAGCUGGGGGGAAAACUUCAAGUUGUCACCUGUCAGCCAGAAGAGGAAGGAGAGGGAAAGCCGCCUGGAAGCCCUUCCCAGGUCCACGUCUCUGAGACGGACCGCACGUAUGUCGUGCUGAGUUGGCAGCCGCCCAGCUACCGAGGAAAGUCUCCCAUGUGGUACUACAUUGAGAAGUGCCUGGCGGGCAGUAGCUCCUGGCAGCGUGUGAACACGCAGGUCCCUGUGCGGUCCCCACGCUACGCUGUGUUUGACCUGGCCGAGGGGAAGGAGUACCAGUUCCGCGUGUUGUCGGCCAACGUGCACGGCGCCAGUGAGCCGUCCGAGUCCACCAGGCCCAUCAAGACCCAGCAGCUGCGUGGUGUUCCGUCGGCUCCUGGACAGGUAGUGGCCACUCGUGAUACCAAGACAUCACUUCUGGUGCAGUGGGCCCCACCCAAAGAGCCCAACAACCUCAUUGGCUACUAUAUUGACUCUUGCGUGAAAGGCUCCAAGGACUGGUUCUCCAGUAACCACAAGCCAAACAAGGACACCCGGUUUGUCGUAUACGGACUGAAGACCGGAGAGACGUAUGUGUUCCGAGUGCAAGCCAUCAACGAGCUGGGACUGAGUGAGGAGUCGCAGGAGUCGUCGCCGCUCUCUGUCCAAGCCGCUCUCUCCAAACCGUCCGCCCCCUAUGACAUUGCGCUGCUCUACUGCGAUGGUGCCGCCAUGACGCUGAGCUGGAGGCGUCCCCGACAGUCAGGGGGUGCCGUCGUCACCGACUACUACUUCGACAAGCGUGAGGUGCCACAGGAGCGCUGGAGAGAAGUGAACACCAGCCCUGUCCAUAAGAGGCUGAUGCAGGUCACGGGCCUGAACAGCGGCUCCCGCUACGAGUUCAGAGUCUAUGGUGCCAACUUGGUAGGACUGGGGGCCCCGUCUGAGACCAGCAAGGCAUUCCUGUGCCAGGCCUGGAGCUUCCCGGAGCCAGGCCCCCCAUAUGACGUGACCAGCUGCGAGGUGAGGAAUGACUCCCUGGUGGUCGAGUGGAAGCCGCCGGUUUACAUCGGCAAAAGUGAGGUAACUGGCUACAUCGUGGAGAAGUCCCUGAAGGGCUCGGAGGAGUGGAGCCUGGUGAUGGGUGACAUGGCCGUAAAGCACUGCUUCCUGAAGGUCACCGGCCUGGAGGAGGGCCAGACCUACAUCUUCAGAGUGCGUGCCCAGAACACGGAUGGCACUGGGCAAGCGUCCUGCAUCUCAGAUCCUGUUAUCGCCAAGUCGCUGCCAGGCACCAAGGAGAUCGAGUGCGGCGUGGACAAGGAGACAGGGGACAUCUACAUGAUGUUUGAGAGCUGUGAGGUGUCCGAGGUGUCGAAGUUCAUCUGGAAGAAGUCCUACAAAGAAAUAACUGACUUCUCCAAAGGCAUUGUGAUCAAAACGGAGGGCAAGCAGUCCAAGAUCAUACUGAAAACCCCCGACUUGGAGGAUACUGGCGUCUUCUCUGUGGCCGUUACACACACCGACGGCAUUUCUGCCAGCUAUGAGAUCUCCAAACAAGAAAUGGAGAAGAUGCUGGCCCAGAGCCAUGAAAUCAGGAAUCCCAUCAUUCCCAUGAAGACUGAGCUGGCCUACAAGAUCCUGGAGAGGGGUCGCGUCCGCUUCUGGGUCCAGGCCGAGAGGAUCUCCUCUGCUGUCACAUACAAGUUCUUCAUCAACAACAUGGAGGUGGUGAAAAGCGAGCAAUACAAGAUGAGUCAUGAUGUUUCAACUGGCGUUGUGGAGAUGGUGCUGGACCAUUUCACCGCAGAAAGCGAGGGCACCUAUGCCAUCCAGAUGCAGGAUGGCAAGGGCAAGGGGCAGUCCUCACUGGUCCUCAUUGGAGAUGCUUUCAAGGCAGCCCUGGCAGAGGCUGAAUACCAGAGGAAGGAGUACAUCCGUGUGAAAGAAGGUCCCCACUUCAUGGAGUUCCUGUCUGUGCAAGUUGGGGACGACUGUUCAGUCACUCUCAUCUGUAAGGUGGCCAACUUGAAGAAAGAGUCUGUAUUCCACUGGUUCAAGAAUGAUGAGGAGAUUGUGCCUGACAUCCCUGCGGAUCUGACCUCUGGCCUGUGCAGACUGCCCCUCCCUCAGUUCUCCAAGAAAGACCAGGGUGUCUACAAAGCCACGAUCAGUGACAGCAGAGGGAAAGAUGUGUCUCAGAUCGAAAUUGCCGGUCAAGUGUUCGAGAACAUCAUCAAAGACCUGACCCGCAUUGCUGGGUCCUCGGCUGGCGACCUCGCCAUUCAGUGCACUGCAGAGGGCAUCCGCCUGCAGUGUCACAUGAAGUACUACACAGAGGAGAUGAAAAUCCAGUGGUCCCACAAGGAGAGCAGAGUCUCGGCCUCCGGGAGGCUUCGGGUUGGUGGCACUCCGGAUAUGGCCAGCUUGGAGAUCGUGGAGCCCACUGAGAAGGACAAGGGAAAGUACACCAUAGAGAUUUUGGAUGUGGAGAAGACCUACACUCGCACCCUGGAACUUUCUGGAAAAGCUUAUGAUAACGCCUAUGCAGAAUUCCAGAGGCUCAAGGCCGAGGCCUUUGCCGAGAAGAACCGUGGAAAGGUGGUCGGCGGCCUGCCUGAUGUUGUUACUAUUAUGGAGAAGAAGACCCUGAGUCUCACCUGCACUGUGUGUGGAGACCCCAAGCCCCAGGUCAGCUGGUACAGGAAUGACCAGGAAGUUGAACCUGAUGACCACUUUGUGGUUGCCCUGGACUCGGGCAAAUUCGCCAGCCUUACCAUCAAAGGCGUGUCUCUAGAGGACUCGGGCAAGUACACACUGGAUGUACACAACAAGUACGGCGGGGAGCAGGUGGACAUCACUGUCAGUGUCUAUAAGCAUGGCGACAAGGUUCCCGACGUCAAGCCCACCAUGUCACCCAAGCGAAUUGUGCUCAACAAGAUUGAGAUCCCUGCCCCUGCCCCAGCCCCAUCCCCAGCAGCCAAGACCGCUGCCCCCUCCAAACCCGUGGGCCGCGGAGUCACCCCCUCCAAGAGAAAGUAAAGAACACACCAUGGAGUUGCUGAUGUCAGGUAGACACGGUGGCUACCCAACGACAAUGUUACAGUAUGACUUAUGAAAGGAAAGGGGAAGGUAUUGGGGGAGGUAUUCCUGCCAUCUCUCACGACAGCGCCAGUGGGGGGGGGGGGGCUACAGAAAAUGGAGCUAUAUUUAGUAACGCCGGAAGUGCAUCAUUGUGAGGCGAGACUGCAGCUGCAAGAGCAUUUGCCAUUGGGGGGGUUUCCUAGUACUAAUGAACCUGGCUGCCUCCCCCCCAGGAUACUCGCAUGAAAAAUGACCAGCUUUGAUGUUCUGUGAAUUAAAUCUGUCUUAAAAACCGGCACUUUCAAUUAGCUCAGCGGAGCCUUGAGGGCGAAUAAACAACCUUCUUCCCACUCCUGUGCUCUGAGUUCGGCCCAGUUCAGCCGUUACUCCCUGCAGGUCAUGUCACCUCAUCCCAUUUGGCGUGUAGCCCUGUCUCCUUCAUGGGUGUUAAUAAAUGAAUGAGAAGCCA